GGAGGGGUCUGUCUGUCAGCGUGGGAUGGAAAUGUCACUAGUUCCCAUGAGUUACAGUUAAUUUGCAAAAGUGCCCGGCGAGCUUCUCCCACUGGGUCUCUAUUAGCCCAAUUAUGUGGAGUUAUUAAUAUCUACGAGAAAAGAGCUGCAAACUUAUUAGGAAGCAAACGCAAAUUUCUGGGCAGUUCACUCCAAAACACAACAGAGCUGUCACCGCGUACGUCGCUGCUGCAAAGACCAUGCCGCUCCAGAGUCACCUGCCCUGCGCUCUCCCACGCCUGACCAAGCAUAAGGGCACUCCCAGCAGAGACUGCUGAGCACGACCGUGUAGAGAACCAUGCUGUCCGGGUCCUGGCGUAGGUCUGUGGGGCCGACGCAACCUGCCGCGGCGCCCGCGGUGAACCCCGGCGCCGUGACUGUGUGCGGGGUUCCCAGCGGGACCGUGGUGCUCGAGGCUCAGUACGACUACAGCUACCGCGGGUCAGACGGACGGCAAGUCUGCAUAAGAGAGGGCGAACGGUUCAUUCUGCUGAAGAAGACAAAUGCGGACUGGUGGCAGGUGCGGAGGAUUGGCGCCGCCAGCAAAACAAAGCCUUUGUACGUCCCGGCUACCUAUGUGACCGAGGUACCGAUCACGCCGAUGCCCUCGCCCCAGCGCCUUGUCACGUCUGUCUCGCUGCACUCCAACAUGAGGAUACUUCCCCGAGUUUCCCUCUCACCCAGCUUCACAGGAACCGGCAGUAACGAGCAAAGUCAAGUUAACAAACCCAUGUAUCGGUCCAUGGAAAACCUGAACUCUUACAGCAGUGCCUUCCAGAGGUCUGACCGGAACCCCAGGACGGGGGGAAACCACUUCCCCACCCUGCCUCUGUCUGAAUCCAACUUCACGUCCAGUUCUUCCGCCAACCGGUCGGGUCACCUCAUGGUGCCGGCGUCUCCUGCAGCAUCCACGACUCAGACAAACUCAUCGAAUUACAGGGUGGUCCCUACAAUCACCCGGAGUCAGAGCUCCAGCAACCUGCCUGAAAACCUGAACGAGAACCCGUAUGACGAGGUGGGGGGAGGCCUUGGCAGUCGCAUCAACCACAAGGUUCCUAAGAAGUCCUGCAGCCAGUGGGACAUGGUGGGGGCUCCAGGCAGGAAUAACCAUCUGCAGGUCCCUACUGAGGCCUACAUGUCCCAGCUAUCCUGGAAGGACUCCCCGAUUUAUACUGAAAUGCAGCAGGACAAGCGUCUGUCCCAGCAGGAGCCGCCCAUCCCAGCUGUGGGUCAGCAGCCGCUUCAGAUCAUGGACCUGUGGGAACAGUAUUCUGAUCCAGCCACAGGUAGAUGCUAUUACGUCAAUAGCAUUACCAAGGAGAGGUCAUGGAAACCCCCUCGCCGGGCUCGCUCUCAGUGCACCAAUAGGAGUUCAACACAGCAGGGUAGUCUUGUACAGGCUCAGACUUUACCCCGGGACACCAGCCACCUCUCACUACCGCUCUCUAAGACUGGCAAUGGAACAAAGCACAAGCUGUCGCCUGAUUAUGUCUUUGGCAGCCACCAGAGGAAUACUGACAGCAGCUUGCACAUGAAACAGAACAUCCAGCGAGCCGUCUCCUCGGACACCUUGAGCACAUCCUCGUUCAUGAAUACAGAAGGACAGUGCUGUAACUCUGGGUCCCAGCAUGACGGCAAGCAGCAGCUCAGCCACUCGCAGUCUAUGGCCCUGCCUGAGAACGGAAAGCAGUGCAGAGAUUCCUCCUGCAACGUGACCAACAUCAUCGUUGAGCCUCCUUCUCCGGAGAGUUCUCCAGACAGUGACGGAUCUACGCCGGAGCUGGAAAAGGCGGGCCUCUUGAACAAAACAAAGAUUGCAGAAGGAGGCAGGAAAUUGAGGAAAAACUGGAGUCCCUCAUGGGUGGUAUUAGUUGGAAACAGUCUGGUUUUCUUCAAGGAUCCAAAAUCUCAGACACCUUCCAGCUGGAAACCAGGAAACAGCCGUCCAGAGAGCAGCGUGGAUUUAAGAGGAGCAAAGCUGAACUGGGCCAACGACCUGUCCAGCAAGAAAAAUGUCUUUAAGCUGCGGACAGUCACCGGCAACGAGUUCCUGCUGCAGUCAGAGACGGACUCUCUGAUCAGAGAGUGGUACAACACCAUCAAGAAUGUCAUCGUCAGGCUGGAUCGGGAAAACCCGCUAGAUAACGUCCUCCAGUACUCUCUGAGGAGAGCUGGCAGCGUGGAGAUGCUGGACCACAGUGGCGACGAGGAUGAGAGGAGAAAUUCCCUCCCUCGCUCUGUGUCCAACCUGGAAAACACGGAGAGGAAGAGAGUGAAAACGAGGCUGAAGAAGCUGAUCAUGAAGAGACCUCCUCUGCAGGCUCUGCAGGAGAAAGGGCUCAUUAAAGAUCAGGUGUUUGGCUGCCGCCUGGAGAUGCUCUGCGAGCGAGAGAAGUGCACCGUCCCUCGCUUCGUCAGACUUUGCACGGAGGCCGUGGAGAAGCGAGGACUGGAUACUGACGGCAUCUACAGAGUCUCAGGAAACCUGGCUGUGAUUCAGAAACUUCGCUUUCUGGUGGACCACGAACGAGCGCUGACCACAGACGGCCGUUUCAUGUUCCCAGCGGACCUGGUACAAGAGGAGAAGCUGAAUUUGGACGAGAGCGAGUGGGAGGACAUCCAUGUCGUCACGGGGGCUUUGAAACUUUUCUUCCGCGAGCUUCCCGAGCCGCUCGUUCCCUACGGCUUCUUCACCGACAUCGUGGAGACAGUCAAGAUGACGGACCACAUGGACAAGGUGGAUCGGCUGAAGUGUCUGGUGCUUAACAUGCCCCCUCCGAACCACGACACCCUGAAGUUCAUGUGCCGGCAUCUCAGACGAGUGCUGGAGCGUUCCAACACCAACAGAAUGACAACCCAGAACAUCGGCAUCGUGUUCGGACCGACCCUGAUGCGCCCGGAAUGUGAUAAUGGCAACAUGGCCAUCAACAUGGUAUACCAGAACCAGGCGGUGGAGCUGAUCCUCAGCGAGUUCGACCACAUCUUCGGAACGAGAGGCCUCUCUUGAUCUUUUCAGACCAGGAGGUGGCAGCAGCUCGGUACCCUGCCCCCUAAAUCAGACUGAAGCAGAAAGCAUUGCAGCAACGGCCCGUAGACGCAUAUGGUGUAAAAUGGAUUUCACAUCAAAAGAUAAUUGCGGGGUAAAAAAGAACCUGGACAGAAAGCUGCUAAUCAUGACAUCUGGCCUCCAUAAAAAGCCAUGUUAAAAUAAUAAUAGUAAAGCAAGCCAAUUUUAGCUGCAAUGCUUGUGCCUUUGAGCGCAGAUGUGGAGCCCAGCCCCGGAGCAGCGCAUUGGUGGAACAGACGCCUCCCAGUCACUUGUAGUUGAUGUUUCAGGCUUGAUUUGGGGGCGAAGGAAAAAAGCCACAAGGCUGAUAAAUCCCCGUCCAGCCAGAAAAUCAUCGAGCAGCAUAAGAACGGACGUGUCUCAAUGUUGCUGCGUAACAGAACUCAGAACCGUCUCACUGUGAAAAGCACCAGCAUGUCUUGCAGAACGGACGGACACAAACUGAACAAAAGCACGUGCGGACUAAGAUUCGACUGUGUAUUUCGCCAGAUGGAGAAUUUUGGGGUUGUUUUUAAAAGUGUUUCUAAAGAUUAAAGUGUAGUUUUCAGUGACUGGAUGAAUGGGCCGCCCCAUGUUCCUUUUUUAGUAUUUUAGUGUGGACCAUCAGAGCUUUUCUUGUACAAAUAUAAAUCUAUUUUAUUAGUACAAACUCACUGUAUUAAGUUAAAUGUAAAUAGCUACACUUCUGUCAUCAUCCCUUAGAAACACUUUAUAUAGAGCGUGUAACCUGAACUUUCUGUUCUAGCUGAAUACAAACCAAUAAUGAGAUGAGUUUUUUUUUUUUAUGUUUCUCUGUCCUGAUCAUCAACAUCUCUCUUCCAAUAAAAGCACGUGAGCGAACGUGAUCCGUUCUGUGCGAUUCGCUGAGGAUGUCCCCGUGAGGUUGUUGGUUGCGUGCGGAGAUAGCGGAGGCGUGUGGAGGUAUGUGGGGCCUCGGAGACUCGGCAGGCAGAGUCGUCCCCUGUGAUUGGUGCGAAUGCUGCUUUUAAUAACAGAACAAAAGGGGAACUAGAAAUGCAUAUGUUUUAAAAAUGUGGAUUUUCCCCCCUCGAACCCUCUCGCUCUGUGGCUUGGGUAAUUUUAUAUUGACUGUGGGUUUGGCAGGAGACAAGAAAGAGCUGAAAGGAGGCACUGCAGGGGAGGGGAGGGGGUUAAGUUUUUAUUAAAUGUGUUUCUUCAUUUGUGUGUUUGUGUCAUUUGAAGGCGCGCGAGCUGAUUGAAGGCGGGUAAAACUCUGUUUGACUGAUGGGGAGUCGCCUUAGCCUCAUUCCCCGUGACUCCCAAGGAUGUCCUUCAGCUUGAUUGGCUCAGAUAUUUUCAUUUUAAACAGACAAACCGCUCCUGUUUAUUUAAUCCACAUGAUAUGGGCACGGUUUGUGUGCGCACCCUUCAAUCCCAUGUUUCCCUUUUCAUUUUCAGGAUUUUUUUUUUUUUUUUUUUUUUUUGACAGUGCUGCACUAGAGCCUCCUCACAUUAUAUUAGAGGUUUGCAUUCAGUUUAUUAUCCAGGAGAAAUGUGGCUGCCUGAAUGCACGGAUGAAUCCAUUAUUUCACCAACAGUCUCUGCCGUAUGUUUUGUUCUUGCUCCAGACUUUCAGAUGGCGGGGCCCCUUUGUGUCAGUAAACUCUCUGUGGUAUUAACAGGCUGCAAAAUGAAGUCUGUCAUGUUUUUCAUUUCACUUUAGAGUGACAUCACUGAUCACCCACUUAAAUUACAGUAAACACCGCUCUUUUCUAAUCAGCACUGUUUGGUGUUUCUUUGAUUAAAUGAAAUUUAGAUUUGUAUGAUGCCCCCCCCCCCCCCCCUUGAAAUGCAUGCCUUUGAAAGUCUGAAUCUGUCUUCUGGAUCAAUAAAAGCGAGUAAAGCAGUA